UUCAACUUUUUCCAAUAUAUUACCCAACCACUUGGCCCCAUUUACUCAAAUCAUAAAAAUAUUUAUAUUAACUGAAUAAAGGGCAGAUUGUUUAUGGUAACUCCCCCCAUUAAAUUUAAAUUUGUAGUUUGCAUGUACACUCCGUUGCUGAAUUCUCUGUUGCUUUUCUGGCAACAACUGCUUCCCCUGCCCACUCCCCCUUUUCCCGUUCACUGAACAAGCCUAUACCUAGAAAGCCUCUCGUCUGCCUCGCCUCAUCAGAUUCCAUUCGAGGAAGAACGGAGAAUGUCCAAGGUCUGGACGGGAGUCGGCGCGUGGGCACUUGAAGCGGAGCGCGCCGAGGCCGAGGAGCGCGAGCGUGCAGAAGUAGCAACAUCGGCCUCGGUGUUCUCUUCCGGCCAUCCCACUCUCCACGAUGGCGAGCCAUCCCAUAGCUUCCCUAGUCUCAAGGAGGCUGCCACUAAGCCCAAGAAGAAGAAAGGUGUCACGCUUACUCUUUCGGUGUUCACCACCGGAACAUUCGUCGGUCCCGGCGGUGCUCGCAGAGAACCAGUUUUCGAACCGAAGGGCCUUACUCCCGAUGAGAUGCUCUGCCUUCCCACUCGUCCCCGUGAGCGCUCCGCCGGGGAGCUUGAGAGCACUCGCCUUGGUGACAGCUUCCGCAACUACGGUUAUGGAAGUGGAGCAGCCGCUCCUCCUCGCCGGCGACCCGAUCGGGGACCCGAUUUCGGUAAGGACGAUGAAUCGAGGAGGGGUCCCCUCAGACCCUCUGAUUUCGAUCUGCCAUCGAGGGCCGACGAGGUUGAUAACUGGGCUUCGUCCAAGAAAUUUGCUCCGACUGUGGAUUCUGUUCGGCAAGAGCGCUACGGCUUUUUUAGGAGCGGGGACUCCUCGAAGGCGGAUGAGAUUGAUAACUGGUCUUUUGGAAAGAAAUCGGCUCCUCCUCCUCCUCCUCAUAACAGGUACUCUGGCUUGGGAUCUGGAUUCAGAGAUACUCUCAUGUCCGGUCCGGAUUCUGAUCGAUGGUUUAGAGAAAGCAGGGGAUCUCUUUCGAGCAAUGGGGCGCGAGGAAGGCCGAGACUCGUCCUUGAUCCUCCGAAGAAGAAUUCUGUAUCAAUGCCUGAACCAACUCCUUCAAGACCGAGUCCGUUUGGUGCUGCUAGGCCGAGGGAAGAGGUUUUGUCUGAGAGGGGUUUGGAUUGGAGAAAAAUUGAGACAGAGAUUGAGAUGAAGAAAUUUGUGAGGACUGCAAGCUCUCAGUCCAGCAGACCAUCCAGUGUGCAUUCAAGUGGAGCUGCGAGCCCGGUUUCACAGGUGUCCGUGGAAGGUGUAGCUCCAAAGCCUCGGCCUAGGGUGAACCCCUUUGGUGAUGCAAAGCCUCGGGAGCUUAUUUUGGAAGAGAAGGGCAUGGAUUGGAGGAAGAUUGACAUGGAGCUUGAGCAUCGCGGGAUUGAAAGGCCUGAAACAGAUGAAGAAAAGGUUCUUAAGGAAGAGAUUGAUCUUUUAAAGAAGGAACUUGCUAAGAGAAAAGUUGAUCUUGACUCUGCACUAAGUUCUACUGAAGAAAUAAACACUUUGUGCGGGCAGAUAAGCCAAAGGGAGAAGGAGCUCUACUGCCUGAUUAGCGAGUUGGAUGACAAAGUUCGAUUUGGUCAAAGGGGUGCCAUUGAUUUCAGGCCUGGUUCUGGAUCAGGUAGGAUCCCUUUCUCUGCAGAUAGGUCACCUUCUCAGUCUGGUAUUUCAGAUGAUUCAAGGAACAUGGAGUUAUUGGACAGACCUCGAUCACGUGGGAGGGUUGAUUUCUGGAGCAGGCAGAUGGACGGGCAACGAGGAUUUCAACGAUUCAGGGAUUCCAAUUUUCUUUCCAGUGGAUAUACUAACAGGUCAAUAUCUCGGGGAGGAUGGUGAAAGAACUAAGGUCGAAAUAUUUCUUUCUUCUAAUACCCAAAAAUAUCAUAUCAUUUUAAAUUUUUUUUUUUUAGUUUUUGUUCUUCCAUUUUGAGCUGGAACAGUCAGUAGAUGCCAUUGCUAGCAAAAUUUGAUUUUUCUUUUCCUUUUUUUUUAAUCUCGUAAUUAAUUGCGGCCUUGAUGUGGUGUAUGAUUUGAAAUUUUCCAUUUCAAGGCAAUGCAUGGGCUGUCCAACUGACCGGUCUAAAUGUACUAUAAAAGAUAUAUACGGUCUUUCUUCGUAAUCAUCUUGUUGCAAUCUAAUCGCUCAUCCUAUAGCAAAUGAACUUUUUUGAUUCGAUAAUAUGAAUCAAUUCCUGCAUUUGUCUCUCUUUUAUUGUUCGGCACAAAUCUUUAAAAUCGCCGACUCCCGAUCCAACUUGUGUUCAGAUAAAAAAUAAAUUAAGCUGAACUUGGAUAGGAUUU